CUCUCUGCAACUCAUUGCUUUCUCCAACCAGAGGAAAUUUUUUUUGACAUUUAUUUUUGUCCUAAUUAUUAUAAUUUCUCAAAAAUGUCGCUUCUCCAAUUUUCCUUGUCUCCUCCGUCAACCACUCGUUCCUCGCCGUCACUAUCAUGCACCGCGGCACACCCAAUCGCCGCCUCCUGCUUCUUAUUAGAAUCGUCGUCGUCGAAGACCGUUAAAGCCAUUUCGAACGUCAAGAAUAAUGGAAGGAACGGCGCCGUUGUAAAGGUGAGGUCGAGCUUGGACACGGCUCGAGCAACGGUGGGAAAGGUGACGGAGGUUACAAAGGACACCUUCUGGCCCAUCGUCAACGCCGCCGGGGAUAAAACCGUCGUUCUCGAUAUGUACACUCAAUGGUGUGGUCCUUGCAAGGUGAUGGCUCCCAAGUUUCAAGAAUUGUCUGAGAAAUACCUUGAUGUUGUCUUUCUAAAGCUUGAUUGCAAUCAAGACAACAAGCCUUUGGCAAAAGAGCUCGGCAUAAGGGUGGUUCCCACUUUCAAGAUUCUGAAGCACAACAAGAUUGUACAGGAGGUCAGAGGGGCGAAAUUUGAUGACUUAGUGCUUGCUAUUGAGACCAUUAGAUCCAGCUGACUGUCUUCCCCUUCUUUCCCCUGUAAAAUACUCCCAACGAAAAGAACAAUACCUGCUUUGAAAUAACUAGUGUACUUAUAUGUAUCCAUUCCUUGUUGCUGCCCAAAUAGGUUUCAAGUGCAAGGGGGAACACCCGAUGCCGGUAACCGAAACCUGUUUCAGAUAAGCGAAUGGCGUAGGAUACAUUACCUUCUUAUUUCAGUUUAUUGGGAGAGAACGUGUAAAUGUGAAGUAAUUGUGAAUCUACUAUCAAGAAACUAUCAGCUUGAUAGCAUUUUGUUCCUGUUGGUAGCAUAAAAUUUCUAAUAUAAGGUUGGUGAUUUUUCAUAGCA